AUGAUCCGCCACGACUACUCCCGCGUAGACCCUAAGCGCCGCGCGCAGGUCGACCCCAAGAGACGCCAAUUCGCCAAAGCGGACUUUGAACAGCAGAAAUAUGAACACAGGCUCAACUUCUACGUCUUACCACCCACGGCAGAAAUCACCUUGGACGAGUUUGAGACCUGGGCCAUUGACAGAUUGAAGGUCCUCUCCGAACUAGAAGCCUGCAGUUUCCGAAACAAGAGCCCAGAGGAGACGGCCGAAUACAUGAAGAGCAUAUUGGAAAAGUACCUCCCGCUGCGAUCAGAUUCAUCGCGAAGUCAGAAACUACAGGAGGAGAGGCGGAGAGACCACUAUUCACACUUCAUCCUGCGCCUAGCUUUUUCCUCGACCGAGGACUUGCGACGGCGGUUUUCGAGAUUGGAGACUAUGCUGUUCACACUACGGUUCAAGGAUGACGAUUUACGAGAGAGGCAGGAGUUUGUAAGGAGCCUGAAUCUGGAGUGGGAAGAGGUCAGGGAAGACGAGAAGAGGGAGCUGAGAGAGGAUUUGCAUGCUGCGAGUGGCAUCAAGAAGGGCGAGGACCAGGAAUGGUUCAAGGUGGACUGGGAGCGCGUCCCCGAACUCGUGUCGCAAAGAAAGGUCUUGCUGAAACGAGGAAUGGCAUAUGUCCCGCAGCGAGAACAGAUGAGUCUAGUAGUCGCCGAGUUCACCAAGAAGCUCGAUGAAGCACUUGAGCUAACAGCACGCGCCCUCCCUCGCCUCGACGAAGACGAUCGCCUUGCUCCCAUACUCGCCCACCUCUCUCAAUCCUUCACCGCCCCCGACGCCGCAUACACCACCGCCGACGCCAACAUCUCAGGCCUCAGCACCAUAACCGCUACUUCCAUCGACACCCUAUCCCAAAACUUCCCCCUGUGCAUGCGCAACUUACACAUGACACUGCGCGACCAAUCGCACCUGAAGCACUUUGGCCGGCUCCAAUACACCCUGUUCCUCAAAGGCAUCGGCCUGAGUCUAGAUGAAUGUCUCGUCUUCUGGCGGCGCUCCUUCAAACUGAUGACAGACGAGAAGUUUCAAAAAGAAUACAAAUACAACAUCCGACAUUCCUACGGCGACGUGGGCGGCGACGCAAACAGGCGCGGACGCGGCUACACCCCUUACUCGUGUCAAAAACUCCUCACGGAGCCGCUACCCGGUCCGGGACAGUCUCACGGAUGUCCUUACCGCACCUUCACGCCGGACAACUUGCUCUCGAUGCUUCAGCGCGUUGGUGUAAAUGACCGUGAUGUGCUCAAAGUGGUCAAGGAGGACGUGGGCAAGCAGCGGUACCAUGUUGCGUGCAAUCGCGUAUGUGAAUGGAGUCACAAAAAGGAGAUUAACAAGGUGAAGCAGGAUGGGAGCUGGAGUGGGAGUGAUUUGGAUACUAUUGUGCAUCCGAAUACGUAUUUCAAGAGGAGUUGGCUGUUGAAGCAUUUGGGGGAUGGGAAUGCGGGGGUUGUUGGUGGGGCUGGCGGAGAGAAGAUGGAGGAGUAG